AGAGCCAGUCUGGUUAGUCGACUUAUUAUGGCUGUGUCGAUAUUACAUCGACAUUUAGCCGCAAAUCAUUUCCGCCUCGUCGUCCGCUCCGCGAUCCUCGCACAUCCUCUUCUUGAGCCUCAUCUUGUCAUCUUUGCAUAAAUACCAUGAUGAAUCCAUUUGCCAAGUGUCAAUCAAUCCUAUGAGGCCUACCUACAAUUAACUCUUACAUCAUGACGUACAUAGCAGGAAAAUUAGGUUCGAAGUUAUGUUACCUUCUCUUAGUUAUAACACUGCCAGUCCUGACGCUUGCUCAAGACCAUGGCCAAGGUAACUUCACCUCAGUGUCCGACGCAUUCUGGCAGCUUGCAGGUCUCCGACCACAACCGAAUUCAGAUUUAGUUCAAAACCCCCGGCUGGGAGGUCAGAACUUCACCCAUUGUUGUCUUCUAGCUGUGAAUGCAUCUCUUGAGGUUGUCAAUGGCUUUCUGAUCGAGAAGCAGCCUUCUUUCAUCAAUGCGACAGUUGACGAUUUACUUGCCGCAUCAGCGGCAGGCCAAUUUCCGUGCACGGCAACGUGGAAUGGGAAUCCGGCAGGUGCCCCGAUAGUCGAGGUCCCAGAUUGGUGGUUGGAAGAGACGUGUCCUGGGUGGCAGCUCUCGGAUUCUCGCAUGGGUGAUGAAUCCCAGUGGAUUUCGCCUUUCGUGGGCUUUCUCCUUCCUGCCGUCGUCUUUUGUCUCACCAUCCCUCGACGGAGGAAGCUUGCGGUCUGGGGGGAGCUGUUUGAUCUAGACUUAAGCAAGGUGAUGUCGUGGAUUCUGGCCCCCUUUGCUAUGAUCAUUGCAGGGUUCUGUGUUGUGUGCGAUAUCAUAAUAUGGCUCUCGAUCUGCUUUGGUUUUGCGAGCCCCAUGCUACUCAGCGGACUGUACGAAGCUUACCUGGACCACCAAAUACUCAACUUCGUGAAAGAUAAAACUGAAAAUGGGCGUCUCACAAUGGAUAUGAGGGCCAGGCUACUUUUCGUAGUCCUCGUGGGAAAUCUUGAUCUUGACCCGGAGGCCGACACCGAGCUGACGCUGGUUAACAACUAUCAUCAAGAUGACGACAAUCGGUGGCCGGAUGGCAAGAUGGAAUUGAACGACUCGGAGGAGUUGAAAGUUGCAGAGAACUUGAACGACACAACAGCGUUGAAUGGGAUAACGAAGAGGGAGGACACAGCGAUGAGAAAUCGUAAUGGGAACUCUCCAUUCGUUCAUGUGCAGAAAUUGGUUCAUCCGCUCAGGACGUAUCGUGAUCAUAUACCAGGGACCCCAAGACAAUGGCCUAUCCAUAAUGUCUUAUGCCGGGAGCCCAAUUGUAGGAACGAGGGUUGCAAGGAAAAACGUAUAGAGCGUGACGCCCGGGUUCAAAAAGAAAUUGGCCGGGUAAAAACACGGUUACGAACAAUGCUCGCCUGCCAAUACAGUUUUGGGGCUACCGUCGGUGCUCCUGUAGUGUUCUUUCUCGGCUCAUUUGUUUUCACUCUUGUGUCCACUCUUUCCAAUCUUGGAGAUGAAGACACGAGCCUUGCGUUGGCUUUUGGAAUGUGGUACAUGAUCAUUCCCCACAUCUCGAUCGUAUCUGGCCUUCUUCUGGCAGGCAAUAAUCCGAAUACACUGGAAGGGGUGGUAGCACUUGAAUACGUUGAAAAGGAGGAGAAACACAUCUUGAAUAAGAUUUUCGAACUGACCUAUGAGAGUAGAUAUAAACCACAGUGGCUGUGGCUUCGAGGCCGAAGCAAGAUUAAUUGGCUGAUAAGAAUAUGGGAAACGUACAAAUGGCGGCCAGCAAACAAAGGAGGAAAGGGCGGUCCUGUCAUAGACGAUGAUAUGGACGACCUAAGGAAAGAAACCAGACUGUCUAUCUUGGACUGGCUUACUGUAUUGGGAAUGACACUUCUCCUGAUGGGGGUUCCGUUCGUUCUUGCUUUCCUGACCGCCUUCUUCACGCCCCAAGUGGGCCUCAGUUGUCGCAGCUUCACGUUUACUAUCUAUGAAAUCUCUCAACUGUGCCAGUUAGUCCUUUGGAUAUGGGCCUACAUGGGGGCACCAGAAAAAGAGGGACACUUCUCCUUCUUUCGAAAAGACGGCUUUCUCGACAAGCGUGGUUUCUAUACCCCCACAGACCACUCCUCGAUUUGGUCAGACAAACCCUUUUCCCUUCCAUCCCUUUGGGCGUUCAUCUGGUAUAACCUUGCGUUUAUCUUCGGCGUCACUGGUGUUAUCACAUCUAUCGGGGGCACGAUGAUGCAACUCAUGGGGGUCUACAACAGCAGCAAAUGCGACAUAAAUGUCGGAUGGUGGACCAAACCACAUCGGAACGUAAUGGUAAUUAUCAGCAAGAACUACGCCCUCGAAAUACAAGACGCCAAUACCUACUGGAAAUCCUGUGCGAUCACAGCUACGGUCUUCCUAGGUGUGGUGAGCUUUUGUGGUUGGUGGUAUCAGAGAAGGCUGAGGGCCCUGUUCAAAGGACUGGUGAAUCAGAUAGAUAAGGAGAUGGAAAUAAGAUAAGGUUGAGGAGGGAAGAAAAGAAAAGAAUCCAGGAAUGGAGCGUGAUGGAGAAUUGCGAGGCUAUUUAUUGGCUUGCGUUAUAGCCGGCAUUUGCUGGAAGACAUGAGAAUGGCGGAGAAUGGCUCUUGUGUGGACUCGGGUUUUGAAGCUG